UUUUGUUUGUCAGCUCUUCCUCUCUUUCUCUCCCAUUCCCUUCCUUCGCCCAUCAUGUUGAUGAAAGUUCUGAUUCCUAGCAGCGUAUACCACAUCAUUUUAUCCCAUGCAUUAUCAACCGAGAAGGAAGAAGUUAUUGGAAUGCUCAUUGGCGAAUGGCAGGGUUUGAAAAACACCAAUCCAUUCAUGUCAAACCGGGCACUCGCCAGUGUGGAGGCUGUUUCGCUGCUUACACGCUCUGAUAAACGCAAAGAUAGAGUGGAAAUUGCGCCCGAACAACUUCAUCUUGCUGCCCUCGAGGCUGAGCAAGUUGGUAAACGGCUAGGUCGAAAAAUGUGUGUCAUUGGAUGGUACCACAGUCAUCCUCAUAUCACGGUGUUCCCAUCACAUGUUGAUUUACGAACACAGUUAUCACAACAAUAUCUCGACAGCCACUUUUUCGGCAUAAUCGUAUCCUGUUUCGACAGCAGUUCCGACCACACACAGCGUGUCCAAAUAACAUGUUUCCAAUCCGAAAAUGCACCAGACGGCACGGUGUCUCGCGUCAACGUACCAAUCGAAAUCGUUCCCAGCCGUACCGUACCUCCUGUUAUGCGAGAAACCUUCUUGGAUCUGCCAAAGCGGAUGUUUGAGGAACACUACAAGGAGUACGAAGCAGCGACGUCAAAAAGAAUACUCUAUAGCGAUCAUCGGAAUGUGACGUCCGAUAAAAUGACCGAACUGUACAAUACGGGUGUGUAUGGUCAGUCAAUCACGCAUCUUGUCGAUAACGUCAUCUGUCCAGCAACACACAUAUUAGAAAACACAGCACAAGAAUUAGAUCACAAGAUUGAAGAGGUGAAGCGAAAGCUAUCUGAAACCAAAAAGCGAAAUGAUAAUGCUUUUCUUAUUGAGCUUUGACACCCGCGCAUAUUCGAAAUAAAAUUUCUUUCUCUUUCCUUCUCAUAUACUUCUCGCACUUGUACAUACAAUGAUGAGGCUACCGGAAAGUCGUAAAAAAG